CCUGUAUACAAACACAUUAUCUACAACCAGUUUUGCAGGGACACACCUUAUACAGGUAGAAAAGUUUAUUUUAAGAUCAAAACUUCAAGUUAUAUAUACAGAUGAAGUAGCCAAUGUUACCUAGUAAAUGAAAUACAUUCAGUUUGAAAUUUAGAAAGUGAAACUUAUUUGUGGCUCUCUUCUGAGAAACGUAAAAAAAAUCUUAAUAUAAUACUUCAGUAGGAAAUUGAAAGUGAAACUUGCUUGUGCCACUCUUCCCGGAAGCACGUCACAAAGAUCAAUAUUACAAUUCACUCGUGCAGGAACAGAAAGUAAAGCCUAGCUAGCUGCUUGUGCCAUGUCUAUAUUCUGGAUAGAUAGUGAAACUUGCUGGUGUCUAUUCCUUGAAAUGCUAUCACACUUCAAACUUCCUUGUUUUAACCAGUAACAUGCAUAUGGUGUAAAGUGUAGCAUAGACAGGGCUCUACAACAAACAUUAUAUGUACACCCAAAUUAAAUCCAAGUAGGUAGAGAUUGAUUCUCUUCAUGCAAACAAGGCAGGUUCUCAAAAAGAAAUGGCGCGACAAGAAUACAUUCCAGCACUUCUUGCACAACAGAGUGUCUUCAACAAAUUUAAGACCAGACCAGCAUAUUGUUUUAAACACAAAAAAAGGGAAGUUUCAUUGUUCUGCAAAACAUGUGACAGACUUGUGUGUGCUUCAUGCAUCAUAGAUGGUAACCAUGGCAACCAUAAGUUCUGUGAAAUAAGCCAUGUUGCCAAGGAAAAACAAGUCCAAUUUAGGACGGAGAUGUGCAACCGAGGAAAAGAAAUGUGUGAACAGGUUCAAAACAGUAUCACGGUCACUGAACAUGAAAAGGGAGCUGUGAUUGAAAUGUGCAAAUCAGUGUCAGAAAAAAUUGACAAACAAAAAGAAAUUCUAAUAAAAGAGAUAGAAAGAUGGAGUGAGGAUUUGAAGACUGUGGUGGGAGAUUAUCAGACAGUAAGAUUUGACAGCUUGAAUGACAGAAUGGUAGAUUUAGACACAUGCCUGUCACUUCUCAAAGUAUUUCAAGAAGAUCCUGAAUCUUUUGACACCUUCGAUGAAACAAAAUCCAUAGAGAUUUUAGAAGUUCUUCAUGAAGGCUCUAAUCCACCCAAAAGACAAGAUGUAAAGCCAAUGAGUUUCCUUCCAGGGUCAGGAUUUUGUGAAGAGAACCUGUAUGCCUUAUUUGGAAGUCUUGCUGGGAUGCCUUGUGAAACUUCUGCCUCUGACAGCACUGAGAAUAUAAUACCACUGGGAAACAGUGUUUGUGUGGACCAAGACGAAGCUGAUGAUAGCCACCAAGAUUCUACAGACACAGAGAGCUUGUAUGAAGAUGCUGAUUCAGAAACAAUGUAUAAAUGUACCAAGUCUCCCAUAGACAAGAUAGCCCUUGUAGAUGUGAACACUGCUUUUAUUGUGACAGAAAAGAAGCUGUACCUUGUGGAUUUCAGUAAACAUAAGGGAGAUAUUGAGAAGGAAAAACCACUCAUGACUGGUGUUGUCCAUAUCACACCUGUCACAGACAGAGGAAUCUAUGUACAACAGGAAUAUAACAAUGUUGUAACUAGAGUCACUACAACAGGUAAAAAGUAUCGCUUUAUUGAUUGUUGGCCAGAUACUCUGAGAUGUGUAGGAUUGUCAUACUGUGGUCAAAUCAUUAUAUGCACAGACUGCUAUGAAGGUUCCAUGCAAUAUCAAUACUUUUCUGAACACAAUGAAGAUGGAAUCAAAAGCAAAACGGUUUCAGAAGAAGUAAGAAAAAGGGGGAGUGGGGGAAUCAUUUAUCCACAAGUUUUUGACAUCGUCAUGACAAGAUCUGCUCUGUACAUUCUUAAUUCAAGGACAUAUAUAAUUGGUAUGCCAUCUGAAAAGGGGAGUGUGAUUAAUGUACUCAAACAUAUUGCAUACAAUGGAGCCAUAGGGAGAGAUCCAGCAAAACAGUUCCAUCCCAGAGGAAUGUGUCAGGACAAAGAUGGCCGCCUCAUCGUCACAGACUACUGGAACCAUGCCGUACACCUCCUCAACCCCGAGGGAAAGUUCAGUAAAUUUCUAAUGAGAGAAGAGGAUGGGCUGGCAUAUCCAACCGCUGUUACCAUGGACAACUACAGAUACUUGUGGAUUGGUCAGCAGGAUGGAACAAUCCAUAUCAUCAAGUACAUUCCAUGAAUAUCCUCUAUAUCUCAACCACUGUCACCACUUAGCCAGUUUGGAAUUCAAUGCCUUUGUAAUUUGUCAUAGAAGUAUGGAACAUUGUUCUUUUUUAUUUCACCAUGGUGACUAUUGGGCGUUACAUAUAACAGUAUUGAUUACACUAUACUAUUGGGCGUUACAUAUAACACUACUGAUUACACUAUAUUAUUGGGAGUUACAUAUAACACUAUUGAUUACAUUAUACUAUUGGGAGUUACAUAUAACACUAUUGAUUACACUAUACUAUUGGGCGUUACAUAUAACAGUAUUGAUUACA